UUCCCAGGAAGGAAGGACCAAAUUAGGUAAACAGGUAAAUAGGGCUAUAGACCUCUGCAGGGUGAAGUUGCCCAGAGCAGAGCUAAUUAACAAAAGAAAGGUGCCUUGUUGACCCUGAGGUAGCCUGUUCUGUCUUUCUUGUCCUCUAGGCCAAUUUUGGUAAACAGAAGUGGUGCCUCAUGUCUGUUGUAAACAACCUUCCACCCAGCCUCCUGGGGCCAGGGUUUUGUUUUGUAUUAACCCAAGCCCCUAACCCCACAUAUCUUCAAAACCCCCUUUCCCUCCUGUCCAUGAGUUAAUGUUCACAGUUUCAUUGUCUCUUUGUGCACGUCCAUCACCAUGUCUGUAAGCCUUCUGAUCCUAGUAAAAACAGAGCAAGGACCCUUAAUCAGGGCUCUUGUCUUCUCCCAGACAUUAGCCAUCUCUCGCAUUUUAAUCCUGCAUCCCGCUUUCUUGCGAGACAACAAAGAACUUUAGACCCACAGUCUACAACAUAUGUAUGUGUAUAAAAGCUCUGAAUCUUAAUCUUAAAAACACAAAAUACCCAAAUGUAACAUCAGCCUAAUAUGCGGUGCUUGUAUACCUUUUAUAGAUAUUUGCAUUGAAAAACUAAAUUCAGGCUUCAUAAGCAGUAUUUGGAAUAGUUAAGGCCAAUGAAUGAAACUAUGAACUCCACACGGAUGGCAGAAAAAAGCUCUAUUAAUUGGGCUCCAAUUUUUGCCUACAUAUUAAGUAAGGAGGCUUGACCCAAGAUGUAGAAGAAAAUAAAAGUGGGGAGAUAAAAGUUGAAGGACCUGAUGCCACAGAGGUUCUAGACCAACACUACGCAGUCAUGAAUGAACAGGUGAGACUCUGCGACCUUGUUGCAGUGUAGCUUCUGAUUCGGCAAGAGUGAAUGUGGCCUGGGACUCGGCAUUCACAUAAGCUCUUGGGCAAUGUUGAUCCUGCUGAUCCACGGACCACACUCUGAGUAGCCAGGCGAUGAAGGGGGACAGCUGCUUUGGAACGAGGAUUACAUUUCCAGCGAGUAGCGGUACAAAGGAAGGAUGAAAGCAUUUAAAACUCCCCAACUGAGGCAAUGAUAUAAGGGGCAGUACUUUAUUAAUCCGUUCACCUGAAAUCGAAGGCAACCACAUUUCUGUGCCAUCAAAGUGAUGGUAAUUGAAUGUUGAUUUUAUUUUCCCCUCUCUUUCCUGGUAGUGGUUUCAUCCACAUGGAAUCAGGAAAUCAAACACGUGCUUCGGAAUUUCUCCUCUUGGGAUUUUCAGCAAAGUCAGAUAUUCAAUUUGUGCUCUUUGGGCUGUUCCUGUUCAUGUACUUGGUCACGGUCACUGGGAAUCUGCUCAUUAUCCUGGUCAUCUGCUCUGACUCCCUCCUCCACACCCCCAUGUACUUCUUCCUUUCCAACCUGUCCUUGGCUGACAUCUGUUUUACCUCCACUACUGUCCCGAAGAUGCUCUGGAACAUCCAGACUCAGAGCACAAUCAUAACAUAUGAAGGCUGCCUCAGCCAGAUAUUUUUUUUCAUUGUGUUUGGAUGCCUGGACAACUUACUCCUGACCGCGAUGGCCUAUGACCGCUUUGUGGCCAUCUGUCACCCCCUGCACUACUCAAUCAUCAUGAACGGCCAGUUUUGUGGGCUGUUGGCAUUGGGAUCCUGGUGCCUCAGUAUCAUGGGUUCCCUGCUCGAGACCUUGACCCUUUUGAGGUUGUCCUUCUGCACAAACAUGGAAAUCCCACACUUCUUUUGUGAUCUUCCCGAAGUCCUGAAGCUUGCCUGUUCUGACACCUUCAUCAAUAACAUGGUGGUGUAUUCUGCAACUGGCCUUCUGGCUGUGAUUCCUUUCAACGGAAUACUUUUGUCCUACUUUCAAAUUGUUUCCUCCAUACUCAACAUUUCCUCAGCUACUGGCAAGUACAAAGCCUUUUCCACGUGUGGGUCUCACCUCUCGGUGGUCUCCUUGUUCUAUGGCACAGGUCUUGGGGUCUACCUCAGUUCCGCAGCGACUUCAUCCUCUAGGACAAGUCUGGUGGCCUCAGUGAUGUACACGAUUGUCACGCCCAUGCUGAACCCCUUCAUCUACAGUCUAAGGAAUAGGGACAUGAAGGGGGCUCUAAGGAGACUCCUCAGCAGGUUAUAUUUGGUAAUGGUUUGGAUUUCUUUAAAAAAAAUGAAUCAAAUCUCAUGUAUUUAAUAUCUAUCCUCAGAGGGAUGGGAUGUGUGCCUAUUUUGGAAAUGUCCUGAAAACUCAUUUACAGAGAUGUUUUCUCAGGUCACAUGAAUAAAAUGAACCCAAAGAUUUGAUCCCCUCCACGUUUUUUUCCUGAUCUACUUUCCUUCCAGUCCCAUCAACGUUAUUAAAUUUCUCAACUUGUCCACUCUACAGAUUUCUUGAGUUUCAGAACUGUCUCUUACCUAUCUUUACAGUGCCUGGUAUAGCUCUAAUGAUGGAGUUUUAAAUCCAAACCCUACACUGAGGUUUAUUAAGUUUUCCUUGAUAUUAUAAUUUCACUUCAUUUGAUUGUUACAAAGUUUAGCACAUUUUCAAGUUUGUAUAUUUACUUGCAUGUUUUCUUCCUAUAUUUUUGGUUUGCAUCUUUAGACCAUUUCUCAGGUAUUUUUAUUCUAAUUGGGUUAAAAUAAUUUUUUAUAUGUCUACACUUUAUGCUUUGUAAUAUCCAACGUGUUCUAAAUAUUUUCCCUAGUUUUACACUUGUUUGUAAAUUUUCUUUAUUGUUGGACCUACAGAUUUCAAGGCACUGGAAUCCAUUGAUUAUGUUCUCAGUUCUUUGCUUUUUCUUCCAUCUGGUUUAUGCUCAGAGGAUUAACCUAAUCUUUCUUCUAGAUGUCCACUGCUAUGUUUUUUCUACAAGUUCACUUUAUUCAUUUUGCUUUUCUACAUGUUCACUCUCUUUAUGCCAACAAGCGGUUGUCAUUAAGAUAGAAAUUUAAUGUUAUUUUGCUUCUAACUAAUAACAAAUUGUCCAAACACCUCUUAUUUC